UAAAAUAAAAUUUUUUUUUUCUAGCGAUAAUAUCAGAGAUAAAAAAAAGUUAUGCUAAAAGUAAGCUCCUUGUUAAAUAUAGCGACCAAACUAAAAAAUGUCUGCUCAAUCGUUAAUAUGGUAAGAAAUAAUAGUUUGCAUAUGAUACAUUAUCCUGAACAAAUUAGGAUUAAUUUACAAGAAUCAUCUGCAGGCAGGAUACAGACAGUAUAGCCAAAAUCGAGAAGCUGUAGUUUUUCCAGGCAUACAAAGCCAUUAUACCGAAGAAAUGGUAUUUAGCGAUAUACAAAAUGAGGAAAAGAUGGAUACAUUCCGUAUUAUGAAUUUAAAAGGCAAAGUUAUAAAUAAAACAAUGGAGCCUGAUCUUUCCAAUGAAACAUUAGUAAAGAUGUAUAAACACUGCAUUAUUCAUAAACAUAUGGAUAAAAUUAUGCAUGAACUGCAAAGGCAAGGACGAAUAUCAUUUUAUAUGACAAGUCGGGGAGAGGAAGUUUUACAAACCGGUUCAGCAGCUGGUUUCCAUCCUGAAGAUUUGCUAUUUGGUCAAUAUAGAGAGGCUGGAGUUAUAUUUUGGAGGGGCUUUUCUGUUUAUGAUAUGAUUUCACAAUGUUAUAGUAAUAAUUCUGAUCUAUUGAAAGGAAGGAAUAUGCCCGUUCACUAUGGAAGUAAAGAACACCAUUUUGUACCCAUGUCGUCUUGUUUGGGAACGCAAAUUCCUCACGCUGUUGGAGUUGCCUAUGCAAACAAAAUUAAAAAUAAGAACCUCUGCUCUGGUGUAUAUUUUGGCGAAGGUGCCUCGUCGGAAGGUGAUGCUCAUGCCGCUUUCAAUUUCGCUGCCGUUUUGAAAUGCCCCGUUAUUUUUAUAUGCCGAAACAAUGGUUACGCAAUAUCUACACCUACCAAAGAUCAAUACUCGGGUGACGGACUAGCUGCUAGAGCUAAAUCUUAUGGAAUAUCAACGAUUAGAGUUGAUGGAAACGACAUAUUAGCUAUGUACGCCGCAACAAAACAAGCAAGAGAGUUAGCGGUUAAGAAAAACAAGCCCUACUUUAUAGAGGCUUUGGCCUAUAGACUAGGAGACCAUAGUACAUCGGACGAUAGUACUGUAUAUAAAAAUGCCGAAGAGCAAGAGUAUUGGCUAGUACAAGGGGAUCCAAUUCCUAGAUUUCGUAAAUAUUUACAAGAUAAAGGCCUAUGGGAUGAUAAAACGGAAGAAUCAUUCAAUAAAGAGGCUAAAAAGGAGGUCCUAACAGCUUUUAAGAAAGCCGAUAAACAAUUAAAACCAAAUCCCAAUUUUAUGUUUACCGACGUUUACAAAGAAAUGCCAGAAAGAUUGCAAAAUCAGCAUCAAGAUUGGAGAAAACAUAUUUUAGAAAAUGCCGAUAAAUAUCCAUUGGCCAACCAUGAUCAAUUUUAACAUAAAAAAUGAAUAAAUUAGAAACAACAACAUGAAAUAAGAACACUAAUUAAACUAAUGACAAUGACAACAAAAUAACACUAGAUAAACAAAUAGAACAAGGGGUAUAUGUAUAUCUAUGCAAAUAUAUAGAUUAACUUGAAUUUAAUACAUAAUUUUCAUAUAAAAAAUA